CCUUGCGUCCCCGCGCGUUGCCCGCGAUCGCGGGUCCCCAGCGCCCGCCGCGGUCGCCGGCCGCUCCCGCCCUGACCGCCGGCCCGGACGUGUCCCCGGCCGCCGCUGGCUGUGCCUGUGCCAUGGGGCUGCCCACUCUGGAGUUCAGCGAUUCCUACUUGGACAGCCCAGAUUUCAGGGAGCGCCUGCAGUGUCACGAGAUUGAGCUGGAGCGGACCAACAAGUUCAUCAAAGAGCUCAUCAAGGACGGCUCUCUGCUCAUCGGGGCGCUGAGGAAUCUGUCUAUAGCAGUACAGAAAUUUUCCCAGUCACUACAAGAUUUCCAGUUUGAAUGUAUUGGUGAUGCUGAAACAGAUGAUGAAAUUAGUAUUGCUCAGUCUCUAAAAGAAUUUGCAAGGCUCCUUAUUGCAGUAGAAGAAGAAAGGAGAAGACUGAUUCAAAACGCUAAUGAUGUAUUAAUUGCGCCACUUGAGAAAUUCCGAAAAGAACAGAUAGGUGCAGCAAAAGAUGGAAAGAAGAAGUUUGACAAGGAGAGUGAAAAAUACUACUCAAUUCUUGAAAAGCAUUUAAAUUUGUCUGCAAAGAAAAAGGAGUCUCAUUUGCAAGAGGCAGAUACACAAAUUGACCGAGAACACCAAAACUUCUAUGAAGCAUCGUUAGAAUAUGUCUUUAAAAUUCAAGAGGUUCAAGAAAAAAAGAAGUUUGAAUUUGUUGAACCGCUUUUGUCAUUCCUUCAGGGUUUGUUUACUUUUUAUCACGAGGGAUAUGAACUUGCCCAGGAAUUUGCACCAUAUAAGCAACAGCUACAGUUCAACUUGCAGAAUACAAGGAAUAAUUUUGAAAGCACUCGACAAGAGGUGGAGCGGCUGAUGCAGAGGAUGAAGUCUGCCAACCAAGACUACAGACCCCCCAGCCAGUGGACGAUGGAAGGCUAUCUUUACGUCCAGGAGAAACGACCACUUGGUUUUACGUGGAUUAAACAUUAUUGUACAUAUGAUAAGGGAAGUAAAACAUUUACAAUGAGUGUUUCGGAAAUGAAAUCCAGUGGGAAAAUGAAUGGCCUUGUUACUAGCUCACCAGAAAUGUUUAAAUUAAAAUCUUGCAUCCGACGAAAGACAGAUUCAAUUGACAAACGAUUCUGCUUUGACAUAGAAGUAGUUGAAAGGCACGGGAUCAUCACAUUACAGGCUUUCUCAGAAGCUAACAGGAAACUCUGGCUUGAAGCCAUGGAUGGGAAGGAACCGAUUUAUACCCUACCUGCCAUUAUUAGCAAGAAAGAGGAAAUGUACUUAAAUGAAGCAGGGUUCAACUUUGUGAGAAAAUGCAUUCAAGCUGUGGAAACAAGAGGCAUCACCAUUUUAGGCCUCUACCGAAUAGGAGGAGUGAACUCCAAAGUUCAAAAACUCAUGAAUACCACAUUUUCUCCAAAAUCCCCUCCUGAUAUUGACAUUGAUAUUGAACUGUGGGACAAUAAGACAAUAACGAGUGGACUGAAAAACUACCUCAGGUGCCUUGCAGAACCGCUGAUGACUUACAAGUUGCACAAAGACUUUAUUGUUGCUGUUAAAUCUGAUGACCAAAACUACAGAGUGGAGGCUGUACAUGCAUUGGUGCAUAAAUUGCCGGAGAAAAACCGAGAGAUGCUGGACAUCUUAAUAAAGCAUCUAGUCAAAGUAUCACUACACAGUCAACAAAAUCUCAUGACUGUCUCAAAUCUUGGUGUCAUAUUUGGCCCAACUUUAAUGAGAGCACAGGAAGAAACUGUGGCUGCCAUGAUGAAUAUUAAAUUUCAGAAUAUUGUGGUAGAAAUUCUGAUAGAGCACUAUGAAAAGAUUUUUCAUACUGCCCCGGACCCGAACAUUCCUCUUCCUCAGCCCCAGUCUCGAUCUGGGUCCCGAAGGACACGAGCAAUCUGCCUCUCUACCGGCUCUCGGAAGCCCAGGGGGAGGUAUACUCCUUGCCUGGCAGAACCCGACAGUGACUCCUAUAGCAGCAGCCCAGACAGCACACCCAUGGGUAGCAUUGAGUCACUCUCCUCUCACUCCUCUGAACAAAAUAGCACUACAAAGUCAGCUUCCUGCCAGCCCAGGGAGAAAUCUGGAGGGAUUCCCUGGAUUGCAACCCCCUCAUCUUCCAACGGACAGAAAAGCCUGGGUCUCUGGACAACUAGCCCUGAAUCAAGUUCCAGAGAAGAUGCAACCAAAACAGAUGCGGAAUCAGAUUGCCAGAGUGUGGCCUCGGUCACUAGCCCAGGGGAUGUCUCCCCACCCAUAGACCUGGUCAAGAAAGGGCCUUACGGGCUUUCAGGAGUGAAAAGAACCUCCGCCUCCUCUCUGAGAUCCAUCUCGGCAGCCGAAGGAAACAAGAGCUACAGUGGAUCUAUUCAAAGUUUAACUUCUAUAGGUUCCAAAGAGACUCCCAAAGCCUCACCAAACCCAGAACUGCCUCCGAAAAUGUGCACGAGGUUAAGGCUAGACACUGCUUCAAGCAAUGGCUAUCAGCGACCUGGCUCAGUAGUGGCAGCAAAAGCCCAACUGUUUGAAAAUGUUGGUUCUCCUAAACCAGUUUCUUCUGGGCGCCAAGCCAAAGCCAUGUAUUCCUGUAAAGCAGAGCACAGCCAUGAGCUCUCCUUCCCACAAGGGGCGAUAUUUUCUAAUGUGUACCCAUCAGUGGAACCGGGAUGGUUGAAGGCAACUUAUGAAGGCAAAACAGGACUAGUUCCAGAAAAUUAUGUUGUCUUCCUCUAAUACAAUUUAGUGGAUGGCAGUAUCUUCAUGGUAUCCAUGGUAACGAAUAAUAAGUGCUAUGAUUUAUCUGACACAGAUACGGGGAUCAGAGCCCACUAAAUGAAAACAAUCAAUUUCUAUCAAGUCCUUCACCAGCAGACUAUGUAGCUCCCUACUAAUGGAAAAAACAUGUUUAAAUUGUUGGCCUUUCUUUUUUGGGCUGAUUUCUUAUUUUUAAAUAUCUUGCCUUUUUUUUUUUUUUUUUUUGACAAGUAACUCUCCACAAUGUCUCUUCCAUAACAAUUGUAGGGUCUCAAAUUCUGUGUUAAAUACUAUCUCCCAGAAAUUUGGAAACCAAAAAUGUGCCAUAUGGAUUUUGAGAUCUAUCCUUUACUGCCUGGCAUUCUCUGAGGAACCUUGAAAUCAUUACUUAAAAAAUGUAAUUUAAAUUGUUCAUUUAUUAUUUUUUUCUUAAAAAUAUACUGUUCUUAUAUAUGAUUGUUUUGCUGGUCCUAAACAUUUCAAGGAUAUAAGUCUUUGUUUUAAGAUAACUUUAUUUUUAUUUGUUUUCCAAGUGGAUAAUAAUAUUCAAAAGCAAUAAUGUAUAUGAUGUCUGUAAAGGAAGGCAAAUUAAGUCAUACACUGAUUCUGCUGUAAACGAUCCAUCCAGCAUUCCAGACACCUUCAGCAGGUUUGGUAGAGGGAUCACCGAACCAUUUCUGUAAAGUCCUGAGAUGAUAGUAAAUAUUGUUGUGGCAGGCUAGGUUUGGCUCAUGGGUCAUAGUUUGCUGACUCCUAGUUUAGAGGAUAUAUAACACUAUCUUCAUACCUUUGGGAUUUUCAUAAAAUUUUACUACAUUAAAAUAUAAAAACUGAUAAAGUAUAUGCCCAUAUCCUCUAUCCAGUAGCAUUAUAGUGGCAUCACGGAAGAAUAACUACAAUAAUGGGAAAAUGACAAAAGUGCAGUAUAAAGACAUACAACUUAAAAUUCUACUUGUAAUAUUGUGAAGUGUCAAAGUAUUUUAAUGAUAUCCAACUUUGGCUUUUGAGAUGUUCUUCUACAAAUGAAAAAGAUGUUGUUUGAAGACACUCUUAGGGAGGCUGUGCCUUCCAAAGUCUAUGCUUAGCUGAACAGAACAUAAACACAAAGGUACAGGAUUCUUAAGUUAUUUUUGAACCACAAAGUUUGACAUUGUUUCUUCAUCUUUAGCAAGAAUAAAGUCUGUACACGAUUUUCCUUGGUGCCAUUCCAUUUUCAGCCUUUACUAGGAAUUUUACAGAAUUUAUAGAGCAUAGAAAUAGGUAUUUACACCCCAUUUAUAUAGAUCAGCAGCAUCUGGUCAGACAUCAACCAUUACGUCUAUGAUUUUUAUUUCAAUAAUUCUAAUAGAUUAUUUCUUUAAAUAUCUGUAUGUGGCAAAGAGCCUUUCUUCUCAAGAUCCUGAAAAGCUGGCUGCCUGCCACUUGCAUGCUACAGCCCCGGCCUGCUUGGCCUUGACGUUUUACUUGUUGCUUCAGAGUUCCCCACUGUACGGACGCUCAGGUAUUGACUGCGUGAAACUCUUUUUCAAUGAUAUUAUAAUCUGUAAUCUCAAUCUCUUCUACUUUGUAUUAAUGUUUCUAGCGUUAAUAGGUUAAAUACAUACAACUGUGCCUCAGAGAAUUUAUGCUUUUAAAAACAAAAAUAAUGGAUCAGAAUUAACAAAGAGAAUAACAGUAGAAAGAGAGUCACAAACAGUCAUAAACGUCAGUGAAUUGAAAUAAAAAAUGAAACAUAUUCUAGUGUUGUAAAGAUUAGUAAUGUAAAUGUCUGAUAAAAUCUAUUUCUUUUACUUCUUGCUGUUGAUUGUGUACACUAUAAUCAGAUGUUGCUGGAGUUUCUUGGUCUAGGUCCUUGGUAGCCCUUAGUAGUAAAAACAGCCUUGCUGACACCCUAAUUACCCUCUGCUGGAACAGAAGGUAGUCCUUCCAAUGUACCAGUCCCUUAGUCUGUACGACACCCUCCGUUUAAGCAUCCUUGCCGUCGUCUGGCAUCCUGCUAGAUUAGAACCUCUUAAAGCAAAUUGGUUUUCUUUCAAAGACCAACUUGACUCCAAAGGGAGAUUCAGAAUCCUACUUCUCUUGCUGCUGCAUAACAAAAUCUCAACCUUCAUUUUAUUUCAACACAGACCAGAGUGUUCCUUCUUCUGAGUUGUUUGUGAGCUAAUUCCACAGAUGCUCCAUUUGGAAUUAAAGCUUUUGCUGCAUAGGACGUGGGUAUGAAGUUGCUCUACUUUCUGAUGGCAAGGCAUAUGUUGUGGCCCCAGUACUUGCUGUGGUCCCUUUCCUGGAAACAAGCUGCAAAAGUACUGGUUCAAGUUUUGCUUUUGUUUGAAGUUUUAAUCUUGCGGAUUUGUGAGAAUGGUUCUUUUUUUCCUUCAUAUUGAUCAUGUGUGUAGGCAAGUCAUGGCCACAUGCUGGAGACAGGCAAAAGCUACUUUUGCCUUGAAGUAAAUUUCCUACAGAUAAGGUAUUUAUGAGCAUUGAGAAAAUCAGGACAUGAGUUAUAAAUCACAUGGAGUGUUAAUUACACAGGAAGUCAAUACCAGUCAUUCGAGGAGGAUCACAUUCAAAAUUUUAAUAGCAUUUCAAUAACACCUUAGCUUUUCAGAGAUAAUGUGAAGAUAUGUUAGAAUUGCCAUAUCCAUACCUUCAAAACACACAAUAUGUGCACCCUAAUCACUGCUUAUAAUAUAAUCAGUAUGAGGAUGAGAUUGAGGAGUCUAAGUUGAUCAUCUUGUGUAUUAUGUGAAAAUAUCCCUGAGUACAAAACAGUUGUGUAUUUCAUGGAUAACUCUUUUGUGGUGCCCCAACUCUGCCAAGUUUAUAGAAACCAGUCAGUCAACUGAAGGAUUUUUCUGUUGUGUUAUGUGUAAAUGUCUGAAAAGUAUGAUAAUCUUUAUAUUCCUAUAAUGUCCAUGAAGUAUGAGGAAGGACCAUUUCUCCUUGUUUGUGAGUGGUUUUACUAGUUGCAUUAGUUCCCUGUGCUUUGUGACAUAUACCAGCAUAAGCAAGUUUCUCAGUGAUGGCUCUCCUUUGCUGGCUCUUUCAGGGAUGGUGGAAAAAAAAGUGGACAUUAUAAUCCCAAACUGUCUAGGUCUCCAAAUAGGAAAAUUAAAGAUACAUAUGACUUUUGUUCUUGUUCUAUGAUAAUUAGCUUUAAAUAUUGUGGUAUGCCUUCUAAAAAUCCACUAUGUUGUGAGAAAAACAAAUUUCUUACCAUAAUCCUGUGAGGAUAACACCCUGUGAACCUUCUCACUCCCAGCCCCAUUUUGGGGGUCUGUGUCGAAAAGGGUAUCAUUCACAUGGAUGUUGGUGUAGAAGAGUCCCUCAGAGUUUGGGCUCAAACAACGUCAAUUUGUAGUGAUACCACCCCAAAGUAUGUAUUCAGGAUACCUUCAUUAGCAUUUAGAACUCCAAUUUGAUUUAUACUUUAUUGACUGAAGUCGGAGGCAGACCAAUUUAGGUACAGAUUUUGUUCUUUGGGUUUAUGAUACAUUUGUAAUUCACAGCUGUUACUGUGACCUCAUAUCACUGGGUAGGACCCUGAAAUCACAUCUCCUGGUAAAGAAAAAAUUUUUUCCUUUGUCCAGAAGUUAUUUUCCUCUUGACUAAAGCUUUCUCCCUUAGGAAAGAAAUUACUAUAUAAUUUUGCCUCCUACCCUUUCUUGUUACCUUCCAAAAUCAAAACACUUUGAAAAAAUGAAGAUAGCUUUUCUGAACAGUCUAUGUCCUGCCUGUCUCCUGUUGAUUCACCGACUUAAUAUCAGGUAUUCGUCAACUAGUCUCAAUUUCCCGAACACGUCUCAAUUUCCCAAACACAUUCAUCGUACCCAUUCAUUGUCACCAUUAUUUCCCUGCUUCAAAAUGUGCAGGGUCUACUUGGUAAUAACUUCGGGAAAGCUCUGGCUUAUGAAUGAUGUGAGCUUUUAGAGGGUCAGAUCAAUAAAUUGGAUUUUUCAUUUUUUAGGGCAGCAACAUUCAGUGUUUUUAAUAAAGAAUCUUAAAUAAGAAUGUUGACAGCACUCACAGCAAGCCAUUGGCAGAAAACUGAUCUGCAUGUUCUAGACCAGUGUUUAGAAACUACUGUCUGGCUUGGGGAGCCCAGCUGGUCCUCAGUUCUUCCCUUAGCACUCAUGAGAGAGAUGCCAAGUUCAGGGUGAACAUUUCUCGGUGCUUUAGGGAGAAAUGGAGUCUGUGUGCUUACUGGGGAGUACCAAAAGGCAGGGACCAUUUUCAUUUAUUACAAACGCAGAUAUCUUCCACCAUUCAAGAUACUUAUGUGCAGGCCUGCUUAAAGAGUUUACGUGUUGUGGGAAGAGGCCUGAAGGUGCCAUGACCACCACUUUCUCCCCUUUGUACCAUCUGCCAUCUCUCAAGAGUAUGUCCCAUGGUCUUUAUAGUUCCAAGGUUGAGAGCAACGCAUUUUUCCCUUGAAUCUACUCAACCUCUUUGAAAUUGUGCAUUGUUCUAUAUAUGGCAGCAUGUUGACAGUUUUAAUCUUCAACUGCCUCCUUUUUGCAGAGGAUGACACCCAUUAGAAUUGAUCUAAGAACACUGACUAACAGGAUUUAUGCUUAAAAUCCAAGGUAUCGCCACAGAUUUGAAGGCUGGGAUUUCAAGAGUCCUUGAACUCUGGGCUGAAACUUUUACCAGUAGGGAGUUUGGCAGGGAAGGUGCUUGGGUUUUUAAUUCAGAAUCCUAUUUAUAUACUGUUAAAAAUUGAGGUACUGUAGUUUAUAUAAAAGUUGGAUAUUUAGAUGUUAUAUUUCAGUUCUAGGAGCUUUUCAGCCAUUAACAUGACAAAUUAAGUAAUAUGAUGAAAAUGGUUGUCAGUAAAUUAUCACAUUGAGUUUUUUGUUUAUUUUGUAGUGUUUCUGUAUUUAUCUGCACUUUGUGUGUAUAUAUAUACACACAUAUAUAUGCCAUCAUGUAAAUAACCUCAUGUUAUUCCUAAUCUAAAUUGCCACAGUAUCUGUAAUGUAUGUUUACACUGUGUUUUAAAUUACAUUAAAAAUAAACUAUGUAAACA